AUGUCUCCCACAACACCCUCAUCCCUCGACAACGACGAUGACGACGACCACCGCGGCGGCCGGGCCCAGCGCGUCUCCCUUUCCACACCGCGCGCCGCCACGAUAGCCAAUGGCGAAGACGUGUCUCCGACCUCCUCCGCUCCGCAGCAACCGCCCGCAACCGCCGCAAACUCUCCGCCUACCGCUGCAACGACCGCGCACCACUCUCCUUCCACCUCGACGACGACGGCCAGCCACAAGUCCCACCACCACAAAUCCUCCUCCCGAUCGCACCGCUCGCAGCACGGCAGCCACAGCCACCAUCACCACAAUUACCCGUCCACUGCGGGCAAGCCCGACCCUUCGCGCCUCGCGCCCGAAGACGCUAUUUUCCCGCCUCCGCCGCGGAUAUCCCCACAGGCUGCGGCGUCGCGCCGGGCGCUGGUGCGCUCGUUCGAGGGAGAGGCGGAGGCGGAGCAGCACCAGCAGCGGCAGCAGCAGCAGCACCAGCAGCUGGUCGUGCCAGGCGAGAGCGGCGCGAAUAGCAGCACUGCCAGCGGGAGUGGUGGUACCGGUGGCGGUGGCGGUGGUGGAGGCGGGAGCAGUGGCGGUAAUGCUGGCGGGAGUGGAGGAGGAAGCGAGUCGUCCUCGGCGGCUGGUCGGAUCAUGGAGCAGCGGCGGAAGCGCGAGAGAGAAAGGGGGAGAAGCGGGAGCAGGCGGAGGAAAGGCGCAUGGAAAAAGCUGCUGUGGGUGAAGCAGUCGUAUCCGGAUAACUACACAGACGAGGAAACUUUCCUUGAUCAUCUCCAGCGGAACCCGCGUCUCCAGCCAUACGAGUUCUGGCCAUUGGUCGGAGAUUCAACAGUCAUUGUACAACACGUAAUGUCUGUGGCCGUAUGGAUAUCAUGCUUCUCUGGCAUCGUGCAGGAGCGUGUUACUCCCUUUAUAGUGGUCUGCGCUGGCAGUGCGCUGACGGUCCUCGGCUGGCUUCUUUGGGACUACUGGGUCUCGCAGGAAGAAGACGUGGAGAUGACAGCCAAGGUGGCAGCACAUGCGAUAGCGGCGGCUGAAGCUGCGAAAAACGAGGGGAUGCCCGCGGAAGAGGCAACAAGCAGCGCGAGUUCUGCCAGCUCUGCCGUUGCAGCAGGACAGGGGAGCUCGGGCCUGGGUCUGCUGGCUCCCACCGCGAAUGCUCCUGGCGCUAGGACAGCUCAUUCCAGAGGCGGAAGUUUGGCAUCAGUUGUUUCCAAUGGCUCAGCAGUGUCGGCCAUCUCGACGGGCCAUCCUACCGGCGACCCGACGUUUGCAACAGCGUACCAGCCGCCGCACGGAGAGCCAAUGUCACCACGAAAUCAGAGGCGCUGGGCUACAAUCAAGUCCGCCGUGCUGAUUUACUGUGUGCUGCUUGGAUUGAGUCCAAUCCUCAAGUCCCUGACGAAGUCAACAACAAGCGACUCCAUCUGGGCUAUGACUAGCUUUUUGACGAUCAUCAACAUCUCUUUCUUCGACUAUGGUGGCGGAGUAGGUGCAAAGUAA